CCCUCUCCGUAGAGAACAGCAGGUUUACUCUCCUCCUUGCAUCAGUUGGGGCAGAGCCACACCCCUUUCCUGCCCUGCUCAGGCAGUGGUUUUUAGGGGAAGUCCACUCGCAAAGACACUCAUUUCACACACCGAGAGUAUCACGGCACCUCUGAGCUCAAACACACCGGCACCUCUGAGCACAAACACACUCAUUCACUCACUCACUCACUCACUCACUCACUCAUACAGACACUCGCACGUGUGAACAUUCACACACACACACAGCGUGGGACAAAGCGGACCCCAGAACCUUUCGACUCCCAGAAGGAUAUUUUUAACCAGAGGCCCCGACUCGCCGACAAGCCAGCCUGAGCUCCUGCGUGUUGUAAGGAUGGCCAGCUCCAAGUCCUCCCAGACCACGCGCAACGUGCUGAUCGCCUGCCUGGCUCUCUGGUCCAUCAUCUCGCUCAUCAUCAUCGUGGUGUGGGCCACCUCCCCGGACAUGAAGGGAGCCGGCCAGUGCCGUCAGGAGCUGCAGACCCUCAACGAGAAGCUGGAGGGGGCCAAAGUGAUGUGGACCAAGGACCGGCGGGCCCUGGAGGCCCUGGUCAGGCAGGGCUGGGACAACCAGACGCUGCUGCAGGGCCAGAUCGACGAGUACAAGGAGACACUCAGGCAGCUCAACGUGUCCCUGGAUGACUGUCGGCAGGAGAACGUCCUGUUGAAUGUGAACAUUACAGCACUGGAAAAUGAGAUUGAGAUGCAUAAGGCCAUUGAGGCAAACCUCACAGCACAGAACUCCCUGCAGAAAGAUGACAUAAACUGUCUACAGAGUAACCUGACCAUGAAGCUGCAUGAGCUGGACGCUUGUGAGGCGCUGAGAAACGCUGCCGUCAGCCUGCAGACUGCAGCCGAGAAGCAGACUGCCGCCUGCCAGGCCAGCAAGCAUUACGUACAGACACAGCUUGUGAAGUGUCAGUCGGAGGUCCAGAAGGAGGAGGCUAAUCAGCAGGAGCAGCUCCCCGGCUCUGGUGCGGCUCCUCUGGGCCCGUACAGCGGACCCCUGGGCUGGGCCCUGCUCUCCGCCCUCCUCCUGGCUCUGAUAUCAUGAGUGUGAAGCGCGCCAUGGUGUUGGUGAUUGGGUACAUAGCCGAGUGCAACACUGUUGUCCAGGAAGUGGAAGAGGAAGAGGACCCCAGACUGGUGCAGGAUGAACGCAUCACCUGCACCAGACGCACUGCUGUAAAUUAUAAACAUAGGGGUGGGAGGAAUAUCAGAGGAGCUGUGUUGGCGCUAUCUUCUCUGGUGUACACUGUUUAGAUUUAUCUUUAUCAUUCAGUGGAACGCUGGGGAUGGUUCCACAGUUCUUACAUUUGGGGUUUUUCUGAAGUCAAUAAGAGCGGUUUUACUGUAAGUAACAAUAAGGAAAACAAGCGUUUCAGGAUUAUAACUAAGAAGCAUUAAAUACAUGAAAAGCUGAUAAUGUGUGGUAAUUGCUAUGACGCAGAAUUGUGUUUAUAUUUUUCCCCAGUAUUUAUUUGUGUGUUUGAAUCAAAUGCAGUAUAUUUACUUAUAGUAUAUACUUAUCAUUUGGCUCCCUUGGCAAUAUGACAAAAUUGCGCACAUUUCCCAGCAAUUAAUGAAUGCAAUGAAAAAGAGAAGACAUAAUCACUAAGCUUAUGUUUUAUACUGGGUUUUUGUUAAAAAAUGUAAAAGUUUUUUUGUUUUUUUUCAGCUUCUACUGAGGUUGUGUUUUAAUAAAGAUUUCUAAGAGUUGUAAA